AUGUACCUGCUUCAGGCAAGCCGGGGGCAGAGAGACACCAUGGUGACCAUGCACCUGCUCCUACUGACUGUGGUUCAGAUCCUGCCCUCUGUGGAGAAAUUGUCCUACAGGAAUAGUAAAUAUGGGGCCACUGCUGACAAGCUUUUAGGAAAAUGGUACAUAACUCGCUGGGCAGCAAACAUGCCUAUUUCUGCAAAGAAAAAGGUCAGCCCACUGCCUCCCUUCAAGUUCGUCAAGAACAUUAUUGGCAAGUUGGAGUUUAGGAUGAACAUUUCAAAACCCAUCGGGUGUGUUGACUUUAAGAAAUAUAUGGACGAAGAAAAACCAGGUGUCUUCAACAUUUGGCCACAGUUCCAGAUCCACAUUGUGUUCCUAGGUGGAAAGGACUUUGCUAUUGCCUUUCAUGAGAGCAGAGGCAAUAAUCCAACCCACACGGCGACAAUGUUCAUGGGUCGAAACAUGUCUCCAAAGCAAACAAUGUUAUUGGAUUUUGAAGACACUGUGAAAUACCUAGGGCUGAAAAGUACAGACAUCAUCAACCCUGGAUGUGAUGAGAUUGUAGUAAUACCCAAUGCCACAUCCCACCAUCUGUGCCUCAAGGCCCCCCAUGGCAGCUCAACAGUGACCAUGAAGGUUGACUUAGAAGGUGCUACAGAUCCCGAUAAGAACACAUCUGUCUUAUCAAGUUUCUCCAGCAAAGACUAUAACUUCCACUACCAAGGCAAGAAUGUCAUAUGCAUCUAUGAGGUACUGGUGAAGGACUACUACAUUUUCUACAGCGAAUGGACUUUGAGAGACAAGUCUAUGUGA